CUAAUACUCAUCUGGAAAACCCAAUCCCAAUCUGUGAACCGUCGCCUUACUGGCACUGUCCCGAUAAUUGCCGAAGCAGAAGAAUAUGCCAGCGUUGUCCAGCUUGCAACCCAAAAAGCUGACUAUUGUGAGUGUUCGCAAGUGUUACUUUUUAUUUGUGCAUGGUUUUUGUAUUCCCAGACUUUAGCCAGCGUUGAACCCAGCGGAAUGAUGGAAUGUGAGGUUCGCAAUUUCAGUUUGCGUUUCAUUCUUGCUGUGCCAAAUGGCAUCCCAGACACGGAAUGCCAGUGGCUGCUUAACAAUAUGUUUCCUGCUCUAUUCAAAUGGCUGCGAUUCAUUGACCCAAAAAGGGUAAUACGGAAAACCAACGCCUUACUGGACAUAGAGAGUUAUAGCAUUCGCUACAGGAAAUUAAAAGAAAAUUACGGUCGGCAGCUUGUGGAGACAUGGACUGAGAAGACAGAUCCAAAAAAGUUCGUUUAUGAAGAUUGCGGUAUAGCUGCAUAUCUCCUGGUAUGCUUAAAACGUGGUCGCACGCCAAAAAAAAUUGCAGAUAUAGGAUGCGGGAAUGGAUUGUUGGUGUACCUGCUAAACAAGGAGGGUGUAGGUGGAGUCGGUGUUGAUAUACGAAGAAGGAAAAUAUGGUUAGAGCUGCUGCGUGAUACUACACUUAUCGAGGAAGUUGUUGAUCCUUCCAAGGUAUUUCUAACGCUUAUUGAAGACGUUGCGUUACCUGAAGGUGUGGAUUACUUGAUUGGCAAUCAUACAGAUGAGCUCACUCCUUGGAUGCCAGUCAUGGCUGCAAGGAUCAAUUGCGAUUUUUUCGUUCUACCCUGUUGUCCUUUUAACUUCCAUGGCAAGUACACUGCCCGACCAGGUGAUAGAGGGAGUCAAUACAAUGCUUUCCUAGGAUUUAUAAGAGAGGUAAGGUAA